AUGAGCUCUUGGUACAUUUGUUAUUCAGAAUGUGGUUUACGCCAACUUGGAAAUGACUAUGGAAUCAUUCAAAAUCCUGGAAGCUGUAAACACAAGAAGGCCCAAAUAUAUAAAAGCAAGCCCAAGCCCAAGCCCAAGCCCAAGAACUUUAUCAUUGUCAGUUUGCAACCCUACGACUUCGCCGGCGGCUGCAAUAUCUCCCGUCGCUUCCUCCUCCAGCUGAUAUCACAAAAAAAGGCAGACCCCAAAGCUCUGGCUGCAAAGGUUGCCAAGGCUGUGAAAUCUGGCUCAACCUUCAAGAAGGCGGCAAAGAAGAUACGCACAAAAGUCACCUUUCACAGGCCCAGGCCAUUGAAGAAGGAUAGAAACCCAAAGUAUCCUCGUAUAAGUGCACCUCCGAGGAACAAGUUGGAUCAUUACCAAAUCCUCAAGUGUCCAUUAACCACCGAGUCUGCAAUGAAGAAGAUUGAGGUUAAUAACACCUUGGUUUUCAUAGUUGAUAUCCAUGCUGACAAGAAGAAGAUUAAGGAUGCCGUGAAGAGGAUGUAUGAUAUUCAGACCAAGAAAGUGAACACUUUGAUCAGGCCUGAUGGAACCAAAAAGGCUUACGUUCGACUGACUCCAGACUAUGAUGCAUUGGAUGUAGCAAAGAAGAUUGGGAUAAUCUAAAGAGAAACUAGUUGUUUUCUGGCAAAAACAGCUCAUUUGACAAUUUUGUUAGCUGUUUUCUGGUCAAAUAGUUUGAGUGGUUCCUAUAGUUGUGUGACUAUUAGUUAGAAAGGUCAAUAUUUUUGUACUCUUGAGAACAACAUUGUCACCUUUUGCUUACAUGUUCGAGAAGCUCAAACUUGGCCUCAAUUGGUAAGUAA